GUUGUUGCUGUGCCUGUCAGCGGCUACGGUCACAUCAGGACGCAUAGCAAUUUUAUAAAAAUGUCAUUUUCCGCCAUCGGUGAUUGCCAACUAAUUUCGCAAUUAUACCAGUACAAGAAGCACCGCGUCAUCUGCAGCGUCAAAGUUCUGCCGACACCUGUGACCCAUUUUGAGCGGGAAUCCAAGAAUGAUUUCCAUUGGAUGACCGCGGAUCGGUGGAGCCGGAUUGAGUGUGGUCUAUGGCGCCUGUUCGAGAACCUGAAGCAGUGGCAGGAUGCCUACCAACUGGACACCGAGCUCAUUAUCGAUCACAUCAUCGUGCGCGUCCAGGCGACCAAUAAGUCGCAUCCUGCAACGGUCGCUCUUCUGGCCGGUACGGAGUCCAGCUCCAAGGAUCUCUGCCUGGACCUACAGCUGCAGUACAUAACACAAGAGGACACCACCAUUGUGGACGUCAUUCCCGCCAAGCGCGAGCUUGCCACGGAAGCAGAAACAAAUGGCACCAGACCCACAUCCCGCAAGAUCCGCGUAGCAAACUCAGGAUCCAAGCCAAAAGCGGGCACACAAUCGAAGCCCAAGCACAUUGACGCCGACAACGAGGAUGACAAGAGCUCCACCACGGCCAGCCAACCAACCAAGAUCAAGAGCGAGCGCAGGUCCAUUUCCCAAGGAGGCGAAAAGGAUAAGGCUUCUUCCAGCAGCCCCAGUUCCUCGCAGCAGAGCAACCGCAUUAAGCGAUCGCACAGUCCAUCACAGCAGAAUUCCAGAUCCAGCUCCGUUGAGGCCAAGCCUGCACGCCGCUCCGGCCGAUCGCCCAUACGCCCGAGUCGAUUCAAAAACUUCGUAGUUGGCGAGACCAGGAGCGGCAAGAGCAGAGGACCCAAGCCCAAAGUGAAACGAGUAUCGCCAGUGCCGGCCAAAGAUUUCAAGGUGGAACACAUGGACGGAGGGCGGUUCAAUGCAUUGCAGCGGCUGGACAGCAUGCUGGACACGCCCAAGCCGCGCGAGGUUAAGAUUUUACUCUUGGAAAAAAUGGGCGAGGACGAGGUGCUGAAUACGUUCGAAAACUAUCGCAGCGACUUCGAUAAGCUGUUCAAGGAGCGCGAGUUCAAGCCGCGCACCAGUCACUACAUGAACAUUGCCCACAUGGACGUCAUCGACAUACUGAGCAAGAGCAUUCACCAGCAGAUGCUCAAGAAACUGGGCGAGGUCUACAGCAGUCGAAGCAACCACACGUCGCUGCUGGUGAACGGACUGCUCCCGCUGUGGAUAGUGCGCCUCUUUAUGGACACAUACACGCUGUCCCAAUCGGAGGCCGUGCAGCAGAUCCGCGACCAGAUGAAGUACAACACCUACUUGAGGGCCCUGAACGAUGAGCCGCUGAGUUCCGAUCUUGACUGAUCGAGCAAUCAAUUCACUUUUUAACUAUUUUUUGGUAUCCGAUUGCGGAAAUUUUACAUUGCGCGCCAUAUUAAAUAGGCAGUUGUUUUAGUUUUAAAUUCAUUUGUCUUUAUUUGUUUUGAUUGGAAUCUGUUGUGUACUAAGCAUAUUACAUUGUAUAAAUACAUAAUUCACUUGCUUUCGAAAAAAG